UCAGAGCAUGGGGACCAGGCCAUUUGCCGCGACGCUCCUGCUGAUGUCUGUCUCGCCACCGCAGCUAUUUUCUUGCUUUCCUUCCUCAGCUGCCGUUCCGGGAUGGCGAUGGCGACAUACUUGGAAGAAUGUUACCCGAAAAAUUCCGCGUUCACCGUGAAGAUCAGCGCUAAAAAUACACCCGCCUUAAUCUUCUUACAGGACCUGUGCGGCCCGACGGACCGCGCCCGCGCGCGCGCAGGUUGAUCCUGGAGCGCGAGCUCAUCGGAAGCCCGACCUCCAUCCAGGGUCCGCUCGGAUGGUUUCUCGGCUGGAGGGGCUGUGCCGCCCGGACUGCGCGGACAAGAUGAGCGCGUCGGGCCGCCUCGGCCUCAACAGCCUGGGCCGCAUCUGCGGAACCGGGCCGGGCGAGGACUCGCCGCGGGCCAAGGGCAAGAACUCGGUGAGGCGCAUGUCCGUCAUCGAGGACGGCCGCGUCGCCGAGGUGCUCUACCUGAUCCCCAAGCGCUGCGUGAUGGAGCAGCUGCCGCUCCUCAAUCCGCACGACUACGUCCUGUGUGAGAAGUUGGCGGCCAUACCCGCUGAUGUGUCAGUGCUUCACACUCGCCCUCCCGCGGCCAAGCCGCUCAUCAGAUGCGUCAGAUGCGGGGACGUCUGCAAGGGCGAGGUGCUGCGAGUCCAGGCCAGUCACUUCCACGUCGCCUGCUUCACCUGCAAAGUUUGCGGCUGCGACUUGACCCACUCGGGCUUCUUCAUCAAGAGCGGCGAGUGCCUCUGCCCGCUGGACUACCAGAGGCUUCACGGCACCGUCUGCAACGGCUGCGGGGGCUUCGUGGAGGGAGACGCGGUGGCCGUCCUGGGCAAGACUUAUCACCCGACCUGCUUCGUGUGCACCGUUUGCAAGCAACCUUUUCCUGCCGGCGACUGCGUCACCUUCAGCGGGAAAGAGCGCAUCUGCCAGCGCUGCGUCAACCCGUUGACUCCUCCGCCGGCCGGCAUCAGAUACGUCCCAGACUGCGACGGCUGCCGGCGCCGCAUCAAGAACGGUCAGGCUUUGCUGGCUCUGGGCGGCCAGUGGCACCUGGGCUGCUUCAAGUGCGCCGUCUGCGGACAAACGCUGAGGGGAGAAUACAUCAGCAAGGACGGCGUUCCGUAUUGCGAGCGGGACUACCAGCUUCGCUUCGGGGUGCAGUGUGACACGUGCCAGAAGUUCAUCACGGGCAAAGUCCUUGAGGCCGGCGACCGACGCUAUCACCCGGAAUGCGCCAGGUGCAGCCGAUGCGACGAAACCUUCGCGGAGGGCCAAGGCGUGUUUUUGCAAGGAUCCAGCGUGUGGCACCCGGACUGCAGAGAGAGCAGCGGAGAGAGCAGCGGAAACCGCGACGGCCGCAGGUCGACUCGAACUUGGUCGGAAAGCUCCUGCUCCGGACCCGCCUCGCGUUCGCCCGGAAGCCCCGGACGCUCCAUUUGCGCUAAAGUCGAUGACCAGAUGAUCGAUUACCGAGACUUGGCGGCCAUUCCCCGAGUCAAGGCUAUUUAUGACAUUGAGCAUCCCGAUACCAUGUCUUACGAGAGCGACGGCGUCGGCAGAGGCAACGCGCAGGACAGAAAAAGCUCGGCGGAGUCUCUGGCAAAUGUCUCGGGCACCACAGAGGAAAGUGACGACUUGAGGAAACGCAUCCCCAAAUCGGCCAGCCACGGCUCUUUGGGCGUUGGCUCGUACGGCCGUCACAGCUACGCGCCAACUCGGUCGCCGCAACACUUCCACCUGCCGGUUCCCGACACCGCAGAUCAAGGUUUCGACGUGUGCGCGAGACCUCCCAUUUUCAAGCGGCGAGAUCCGAGCGCCGGCCAGACAUCCUCUUUGCCCGCGGACGCUCGCAACCGCCUUCAUCCGCCACAAUCUGCCGAGUUCCUUCGGAGCAGCGGCGACACUUUUCGAGAUUUCCAGCUCCUCCGCGACAGUCCGCAUCCGUUGGCGCGAAUGGACCGGGGAGUGUCGAUGCCUAAUUUGCUGGAGCCAAAAGUCUACCCGUACGAAAUGCUGACGGUCGCCAACAGGGGGCGUGCGAAGCUUCCCAGAGAGGUGGACAGAACGAGAUUAGAGCGUCACCUGUCCCCAGAUUCCUUCUUUGAUAUCUUCGGCAUGGCGGCAAAAGAAUUUGAGCGCCUCCCGCUUUGGAAACGAAACGACAUGAAGAAAAAGGCGAACCUCUUUUAAAAUGUCUUCUUUUGUUUGGAUUCGUUGCACUGUAUUUUCUUUUCAGACUGCUACGAUUUCAACAUACAGGUGGGGGCGGCAGAGCAGCACGCAUUAUUAUUGUUAUUUGAUUUUUUUUUUUCCUCAGUCCGUGCUCAUAUUGAAGUAUUCCGAGGACUAAAUGAUCUGAGCUAAAAGCUGAAUCGUAGGAAUGUUUGCGCGUAGAAUGUCACGUUUAAGCAAGAUGGAAGAUCUCAAUCAGUCUUCCGCUGAGCAUUUUACCAUUGUGACGUCAACGCCUCGGUGUGAAUUUGCCUUCAAACGAUGAUGAUUGAAACGAAAGGCUGAGUAGAGGAGAUUUACAUCGUGCGAUGUUUGGGCUCUUUUAUUUUCUUAACUUGCCGCAACGAUGAUCAUUCAUGUCCCAAAAUGAUUAGGGCUGCACUUGGAGCACAAUUGGAAAAAAAAACAAGUUGAUUAGCUGUCGGAACAAAAGGCCCCUACGUACUCUUCUUGCGUGAUGAUCUAUAACGUAAUCCUACAUUCGGAAGAUUGUGUCGUCUCGAAAUCAUCGUGAAUGUGGGCCGUCAAGUUCAAAAAUAAGGAGUUUCUUUUUCACACAACUCUGCUCAAGCGGCAUGAAAAUAAAAUGAGCUGAAGUGUC